AUGCUAAUUUUUGAUUAUAUUAGGAAUGAAGCUAUAGUUUCAAAUGAUUUUAAGUCAAAACGUAAACGACAGAAAGCUAUUAGACGUGCUGAUGUGAAUUACCAUCAACCUGAAUUUCGUGAUAAUACUAGCUGUGAUUUACUUAGAGAAUUGACUUGUGCGGUUUGUUCUGGUUUAUUUUCGUUUGAAUAUUUAAAUACUGUUUCUGUGCAAGAAAUAUGCUUACCCUUACUUGAAGUUAAUAAAUAUCUUGAAAGGUCAUUUUUUGAAAUUGACUUUGUAUAUGGACACCCUUAUAUAGAUAAAAGUGGUUAUAAGAUUUUGUUUAAUAGAAAUGGAUUUGUUAAAAAUGAUGAUAAUGAAAAUCCUUUUGAUCUUCGAUUAUGCAACAAUUGCAAACAAUCAUUAAAAGCAGGCAAUACUCCAAUUUUUUCAUUGGCAAAUAUGUGGAUUGGAACAGCUCCGCAAUGUCUUCAGAAAUUAACAAUACCAGAACAACUUUUGAUAUCCACAGAACUGACUUCACUUUCCAAGAUUUUACCCUUGCCUGUAUAUCGGUUAUGUGAUCAUUUGAAAGUAGUAUUUGUUGGAGGUGGACAACCAUCGGAUGAACAAUUAAAAAAGUUGAUAAAUCAUAAUAUUCUAUACAAAAAUGUUAAACUUGAUAAAACAGCAUUAGAAUCAUUACCGGAAAAUGGAGUUCCGACUGCUUUGUUAGUAACAACUGUAAUGGUUAAUGUUGAUCCUGAAAAAAUUGAACAUUAUACUGGAUAUACAACAGAUCCAAUUAAUGAGUACAAUAUGAAUAAUGAUUUAGAUGGUAUUAGUGAUAAAGAAAUGAGUAAUGAAAAAAAUAUAUCUAGAUUGUAUGAUCCUAUCACUGAAUUAAGAAAUUCUGGUGUAACUUAUACUGAUAAUAUUCCUAUCUCUGAACAAGAACGUACUCUAAAGUUACUUGAAAAAAUAAUACAAGAAUUAACUGACGAUAAACAAAUUUGUUCUCAUAUAAUCCUAAUACCACAUUCAAAUGUACCUAGAAAUGAAUAUACAGAUUUAUCUCUUUUACCUACUGCAUUUCUUACUCUAUUUCCCUAUGGAGUUGGUGGUCAUGAAGAUAAUUUCCGUAAAUAUCAUAUACCAUUUAAACAAUAUGUUAAACAUCUAUUACGGGUUCAUGAUUUCAAGUUUAGACAUCAUCGUUCAUUUAUUUUUACUACAUUUGAUAUAUAUACAUAUUUUCAUGACAAAUCGUUCAUGAAAACUGCAAAUAAAUAUAUAUUAUAA